AUGGCUGGUAACUCGCUAGACAUCAAGGGGGACCUCUGCAACUAUCUCCAGGUUAUCGACAGUGGCAAAUUUGCAACCUCUGGGCCACUGAAUGGUGCCAGUAAUCCAGGCUUGUUCGUCAAGGGAAUCGGAAAAGUUGGGCUUCCACUCUCUGAACGAGACGCUGCAGACCUCAGUCGUGCAAGCCAUGAGGCGCCUUUUGGCAAAGGCAGUGAGACCUUUGUUGAUCCGACAGUACGCAAGACAUUGGAGCUGAACCCUAGCCAAUUCGAGCUGCGUAAUCCCGCCUGGCCAUCGACACUACACGAGGUUGUUGGGAAAGUCGCUCAGGAACUUGGCGUCGUUGAUGGCGCUUCCAGUAUUCGUGCUGAGUUGCACAAGUUGCUGCUGUAUGAACCAGAGAGUAUGCUGCCAACCCUGUCGACAUCUGUGAUUAUACUGAGCACUAGCAGUACCGAAAAAGCCCCAGGGAUGUUCGCCACUCUUGUGAUCGCACUACCUUCUGAGCAUACUGGUGGCCGUGUCAUUGUUCAACUCAGAGACGAGGAGCAGACCCUUGAAACGCAGGGUCUAUGUGAUUUUGGCUGCGCUUACCUUGCCUGGUACGCUGACGUGAAUCACUCUGUGUCGAAAGUAGAGUCUGGGUAUCGACUCGUCUUGACGUACAACUUGAUACACCAAGCAUCCGGUUCGAGCCGAGUAGCUUCAAUCUUGAGCGAUCACAAGCAGAACCUGGACAAGGUCUUGGCACUUUGGAGCAAGCAAGAUCGCGAGAUCAAGUCUCAUUCUGACUAUGUCUACGAAAAGAUGGUGUACAUACUCGAGCAUGAGUACUCCGAAGCCAACAUCUGUCUCGACCAUCUCAAAGGAAAAGAUCAACUUCGAACCCGCUACUUGUCGGAAGCUUGUCAAGAUCAAGGCUUCUGUCUCUUCUUCGCGCAGUUUGAGUACAGUCAGUCUGGAACUGUCGACGAAAACGAGGAUGAUCCCGAUUGGGCAGAUCACCUAAACGAUGCGGACUAUCAUGAAUUUCUCAAUGAACUUGAAUCAAAUUGGAAACUCCUGACUGUCUUCCAGUCUGAUGGCCAGCAAUUAGCAGAGGAUAUCGAUUUGGAAGAAGAAGAAAUCCUCGAGAAUGCCGACUUCACGGGUAUUGAACCGGAUGAGGAGGAAUGUGAUGGCUUGACUGGCAAUGAGGGAUGCACUGCCACGCAUUUCUAUCACAGGACUUGCGCUGUGAUACUUCCCAGGACUCGCCGUCUUAACUUUGUGUCAGUUGCUAGGGAAAUCAAUGUUAGAGAGUAUAUAGCCACGCUUCUAAGUGAGAUGCAAGAUGAGGCGUUGUCCAUUGCGUCACGAGAGGAACUGAAGAAGUUCUGUGAGAUGGUUAUCGAUGCGAAGAAGACGCCGCAAAAGCCGCGAAAAGGAUCUGUGGAGGAUUCCUACAGCUUCAGUUGGCGUAAGGAAGAAUCCGAAAUCAAGGGUCUCUCACGUGUUUCUGACGAGGAGCUGGCUUUCGUUGGUGAGGCUACUUUGAGGCUCAAUAGGCCAGAUCUACUAGAAGAGGUCGCGAGGGUGGCAUCGCGAAUGCUGCCUAUCGACCUCUUUCCGAAGCUGGGUAAAGGUCUCACUGAUCGUGAUGUAAGCCUUUGGCAGAAUGGGUAA